AUGGUUAGUGCGACUUGCUGUAUUACGACCAGCACCGAUGAACUAGGCGGUGUGACUUCCGAGCAGAAACGUCCAAAUCUAAAUCCAAACCCCCGUGGCCUCGUGUACUCGCUAGACCUCUUAAUCCGCCGCGAACAACAUGGCUUGACUCCACGUUUCGACGCGAUCAGACCAGUCACGUCCGUGCAAACGUGCUUCCCCCCCCCUAAAGCUGCCAAGGCUGUCACUGAAACACACAAGCAGGCGCGAUCUGAGAUAGAGGCAUUACGACACGAAUCAAUCUUCGAAAACCUGGUUAACACCGCGGGUGUAGAAGUUGGUGUUGGUGAUACCGAGGCUGCCCACCGAGCCUCCCCACUUCAACGGCCCACCACGCCUGACCUCGCGGAUUCGUCAGGCGCUGCGGCCAAUACCGUGAGUGCCCACUCACGCACGCACGCAUGCACACACACGCACGCAUCGAACUUACUGAGUUCUGGUUCGACGAGGAGGUCGUCAACCAAUGGCCCUUGA